AUGUGCCUAUUAAUAAUAAUUAUUUCAGGCAGUGGAGCGCUGAUGUUGCUCAAGUACUGCACUGACUGAGGAUAGGACUGCAAAGUCGUUGCAGGAGACGGAGACUGGGUCCUUGAUUGUUUGAGUACCCAAACUUUUGACGUUUUGUUCGUUUGACUGAUCCAGGUGUGUGUGCGUGCCGCGGCGGCGAUGAGGCAGUGGAAGAACAUGUAGCAAAUUAUUAUUUUAUACUAAAAAAUCAUACGGUUUGUUUCUAUUGCAUGAUUUGGAUCAGGAGAUCCCCUUGACAGGUCAUCGCCUCUGUGAGAUCCUUCAAAAUAAAGAUUAGGAUUGACAGCACAAUGCCAAUGGCCCGCUGUGAGUCGGCAGUGCGUGCGCUGGCACUGUUGGUGCUGUGCGUCGUGACGUGCAACGUUCUCGUGUCCUCCAUAUGGCCUAUGCUAGUGGCCAGUCUGCAGAGAGAGUGUCCGGCACAGGCCACCACCGCCGCUAGCGCUGUGACCUCCGCUGACGUGACCGCUUUCAGAACGACGACGGCAUCAAGAGCCCACACCACUGUGCCACGUGUCCGGAAACAAAAACAAGAACAGCACCAGCAGCAGCAGCAACAACAGCAUCAGCACCAGCAGCAACAGCAGCCGCAGCCAUGGCUUGCAGGCGUAGCCAUGACUACCAGCAACAGCAGGGAGGCCUACAAUAAUGUGGCUACAGACCCCGAAGCGGACGAUUUAGAAGCAAUGGCGGCCGCAAUUCUUCAAGAAGAAAUAGAGCGGCUGCAACAAGAACGCGACUUGAAGCUGCUUCUCGUUACCCAGCUUGAGACGGAAGUUGCUGAAGGAGAUGUGAAAUCUAGAAAAGAAGGUGAAGGCACAACCAGAGGACCACUCAACAAUGCCGCCAGCACGGCCGUGUUGCCGUAUCGACAGAAGUACGAUGCUUUCGCAGACUUGGACGAGAAUGCCACCGAGGUGCACGUGUGGAGCGCGUUUGACCGUGCGUUCUUCUUCGACCGCGGGCCCAACCCCCAGGACCCGCCAAGCGGACGACUCACUCGCGCUCGCCGGGUUGAAGUCGAACUGGUGGUACGCACAUCCGUGAAGUCACUACCAGAGUUGCAAGGACGAGGGAACGCUACGCCGAGAGCCACUCUCUUGUUCGGCUACAAGCAGACCGCUCGUCAUCUGGGCACAAGGUACGAUCUAUAUUUUCAGCUAUCAACUGAACAGGGCACGUCCGUACAGAGAGUACAGCUGAUACGUCCCCUUGGCGAUCUGAUACUUCACCGUGACAAAGGCUUUGUUAGAGCGGCACCGUCGAAAGCGUCGUCACGGCAACGCACGCCACGCCUACACGUUCUAGUACCGGCGAGCACUCGUGGUCAGCUUCACCGCCUGUCUGAGUUCAUUGCUCACCUGGUCAACACUACUGCUGCCUCAAGCCGAGCGCGGCAAACAUGGCUCUUGCGAACAGUCACGUUCACUCUGAUCGUCAUGACUACCGACAAACGCACCCUGGAACACGUGACUAAUGUCGUGCGCAACAGUGUCGGUGAGGCGUCGCUGGCAGAUCGUUUCAAUGUUGCGUUUAUCAACGCCAGUGAGUUUGAUUGGCGCUUGGCAAUUAAACGGUUGCCAUCACGACAUGCUCAGGGUGGCAGCAGCGACGAUACUGAAGACAUUCUCGCUGUCCUGGAAACGGAUCAUCUGGCCAGUCCGACGACCCUGCAGCGUUGCCUAGCGAUGGUGUCGAGUGGCAAGCGUGCGUUCUGGCCAGUGCCGCUCCGCCUGUACAAUCCACGGCUUGUUCCCAUGGCAACGAUGCGCGGCAAGCGGCUGAAGGUGGCAAAUGGUCUUGGCACAUGGCAAGUGGAUGACUUCUCGGCAUUCUGCAUGGCCAGGUCGGAUGUUGCGUCGGCGUUGGGCGCAAUACAAGACCAGCACCCGUCCACGCGUAGUACCAACACACCGGAGCUGGGAGAACUUCUCUUCAAGCAUGGCCAGCGCUCGGCGGCUGGGCAGGUGCGCAUGAUGCGUGCGCCCGAGCCCACCCUCUUCAGACAGUACCGGCCAAUGAAGUGCACACUGCCACGGCCAGCACCGCCGGAAGAAGAGAUCCCAGAUCAGGGUGCAGGGACAGGGGACAAGAUACGUCAUCAUCAUGGCCCUAGUAGCAGCAGCAACAACAGAAACAAGGAGUCCACCAGCCAUACCGACAUGACGAGCACAUCCUAUGUAGCUGUAACAGCACAACACAACAAGCAUAGCCCAUUGCCAGUACAACACAACAAGCAUAGCCCAUUGCCAGUACAACAACACGGUGCCAUUGAGAGAUGUCUUGGCAAGAAAGCCGUCGCUCAGGCGCCGCAGAGCGUUCUGUCGCAAGUGUACUUCGGGCCGUCAGCGGAAAAGGAGAAGCUGUUUGCUGCUGAGAAGAGAGUAAUGCAAGCCUUGGGCACUUCCUAGCACUAAACAUAUACCGGCAGCCAUGGACGCUAUACUCUGUCUCAAGCUUCACUGUUCCUGAUUCUACACAACAUUGCUGCUUUGAAUCAGGGAGUAGAUAUCUUACUACUCCCUGCUUUGCAGGAUGCAUACUACUAUGCUGUUGCGGACAUUGAAAUCCGUUCGGAUGUCAAGCGGCCGCGGGGCGCUGGCCUCGCGGCCAUGCACAAGUGGAGAACCCCUGGAUAGGCUGCGCGCCUCUGGGUCAUCCCCGAAAUAAAGACAAUGAUAAUGAGCACUGCUGCUCCAUGGUUGCAAUGCGUGUACGCGCUAGGCAAGUUUGUUUGUUUGUAUACUUUAUUUGAAGCAAGUAAAGCCCCCCCC